AUCCCAAUAGGGCCCUGACUCGGACCCACGAUCCCUAUAGGGCCCCACAAUCCCUAUAGGGCCAAGAGUGGGACCCAUGAUCCAUAUAGGGCCAAGAGUCGACCCCACAAUCCUUAUAGGGCCAAGAGUCGGCCCCACAACCCUUAUAGGGCCGAGAGUCGACCCCACAAUCCUUAUAGGGCCAAGAGUCGGCCCCACAAUCCUUAUAGGGCCAAGAGUCGGCCCCAUGAUCCCAAUAGGGCCAAGAGUCGACCCCACAAUCCUUAUAGGGCCAAGAGUCGUCCCCACAAUCCUUAUAGGGCCAAGAGUUGGACCCGUGAUCCCAAUAGGGCCCAGACUCGGCCCCACGAUCCCCAUAGGGCCCCACAAUCCCUAUAGGGCCAAGAGUGGGACCCCACAAUCCCAAUAGGGCCAAGAGUCGACCCCAUGAUCCCAAUAGGGCCAAGAGUCGACCCCACAAUCCUUAUAGGGUCAAGAGUCGGAACCAUGAUCCCAAUAGGGCCCAGACUCGGCCCCACGAUCCCCAUAGGGCCCCACGAUCCCUAUAGGGCCCCACGAUCCCUAUAGGGCCCCACGAUCCCUAUAGGGCCAGGAGUGGGGAAAUGGCUCGUUAACGAGGGCUCGUUAACGAGGUCCCCGUUUGGGCAGGGACGGCAAGAACCAAUCCAUCAUCGUUAGCGGCGAGUCGGGCGCCGGCAAGACGGUGUCGGCCAAGUACGCCAUGAGAUUCUUUGCCGCCGCCGGCGGCGCCGCGCCCGGCGAAACCGCGGUGGAGGACAAAGUGCUGGCGUCCAACCCCAUCAUGGAGGCGUGGAGGAGCCGCAGCAGCUGAGCGUUUUCAAGAUCAUCGCCGCCAUCUUGCACCUGGGCAACGUGGAGAUCCGCGCCGAGCGGGACGGCGAGGCCUGCAGCGUGGCGAGCGAGGACGAGCACCUGAAGCGUUUCUGCGGCCUGCUGGGCCUGGAGCACGGCCCCAUGGAGCACUGGCUUUGCCACCGGCGGCUCGUCACCGCCGCCGAGACCUACGUCAAGAGCGUGGCGGCCGAGCAGGCGGCGGCGGCCCGCGACGCCUUGGCCAAGCACAUCUACGCCCGCCUCUUCCGCUGGCUGGUGGAGCGCGUCAACCGAGCCCUGCGCUCCGCCGCCCCGCCGCGCUCCUUCAUCGGCGUGCUCGACAUCUACGGCACGUCUUCAAGCUGGAGCAAGACGAGUACGUGAAGGAGGGGCUCCCCUGGACCCUCAUCGACUUCUGCGACAACCAGGCCUGCAUCGACCUCAUCGAGGCCAAGCUGGGCAUCCUGGACCUGCUGGACGAGGAGUGCAAGUUCCGCGCGUCGCUGCAGCUGCUGAUGGCGACGCUGGACGGCACGACGCCGCACUACGUGCGCUGCAUCAAACCCAACGACCGCAAGCUCCCGUUCACGUGAGUCCCGGCCAGGUCCUGGAAGCUGCGUAAAGCUCGGCGCCGUUCCGAGCGGCCUCGUUAGCUAACGAGCGCUAACGAGGGCUCCGUGCCGCGCGGCGCUCCCAACACCUAAACCCCAACCCAACCCCACCCCAACCCCAAUCCUGACUCUAAACCCAACCCUGACCCUAAACCCAACCCUG